AUGGCACCUCGAAUUAUCAAUGCAGUUACGGCAGAUCAUAGACAGAUUGAGGAUUGUUACAGCAAAGUUUUAAGCUCUCCCCAUAAUGAUGAGAAGACUUGGUGGCAGAAUCUCUUUACCUGGGAGUUGGCUCGUCACUCGAUUGACGAGGAAUUGGUCAUCUGUCCCCGGUUCGAAAAGAAGGUUCCAGAGGGCCGGGCUAUGGCAGAGGAGCAUCGACGAGAACACCAAUCUGCAUCUAAAACGUUGACAAAGGUCAAAGAGCAACUAAGGCAAUUCCAGGAUAUGAUUCCCACGAACCCACAGUUUGAGCCCACCCACAAGGCACUGGUGCAGGACCCUUUGCAGCAUAUCCAUGAAGAGAAGAAUGACGACCUGCCGAAGCUCGAAGGAAGUCUUUCCCCAGAAGACAGCGAAAGUCUCGCCAAGUCGUUGGGUAGGACCAAGAUGUUCGUCCCCUCGCGUUCUCACCCCAGCGCCCCGAUAGGCCCCCCGUGA